AGAAUGUGGGCAGAAAUGAAACAAAGAAAGAAUUAUUUAAUUUUAACAUAGCAUGGCAGUUACAUUGUUUUCUACAGUGUCCAAUUGCAACUGAGCAAUUAUUGUCUGCAGCAAUGACUGUGACAUUACUAAUAGCUCCAACUACAACUUCUGAUAAUAUUUUGAAUAGGAAAUACAGUCUCUCCAAAAGGAAACCACAGCGCAUUAACUUGUGUCUCCAUCUUAUCAAAUGUUAACUCUGACUAAACUGACUAACUGGAAUAAUAAAAGACCAGUGAAACGAGACAUGAAGUCAAAAUCUUAAAGUAUGCUUGUUUUUAAGAGCAUUUUUUUUUUCAGGAAUAUGGCUGCCUGAUUGUGAAAAGUAAACUGGUCAUAGUGCAAGAUAACUACUCUGUAAUAAAAUAGAACUUAAUUUUAAUAACAACAUACAGUAUUUGUGUUAACCAGAAAUUGUUGGAAAAUCUUUUUUGACACACAUUUCUGUUGUAACAUUUGUCAUUUGUACAUUUUCUUUUGUUUCAUGCGAAACUCAUUUUGACAUUUGACAGCGGAAAGUACGUCAGUGUUUUUCUGUACUUCUCUGUAUUGACCUCAAUCUGAAUUUGACAUUUAUAUUAGAAGUUAGAUUUUAAUCCAGAUCAAACCAGAUUCAAACUGAGUGAGCACACAGACUGUCGGUGAAGGAGUAAACACAUCAGUGUGGUAGAUAAACAUUAGUUACAGAUUAAUCAUUCAUAAAUUAUUAACACAAAGAUAGGAUUUAUAAUCCAGUUUGAAUACAAGCAUUUACAUUUUAUAAUGGACCAACUGUGGGUGGACCCGUCCUAUUGGCCCCAAUGCAGCUCUAAAUAAUUUACAUCUUGCAACUCCAAAACUGAUCAAACAACAAUAUAAAACUAAAGACUAAAAUUGUUAUUAGGAUAUUUAUCAUUAUAUGAAGUUUAUUCCCUUUCUGAGACCAAGGAUCAAAGUGUGAAACUUGAAUAAUUAGCAAGUGGUUAUUAAUUAGCAGUUAAAAGAUAAUUAAUAAGUUAAAGGUAAAACUUUUUGGUCAAGAGAAGUCAGUAACAAAAUUCACUUAUAUGAAACAGUACCACAAGUUUACCAUAUUUUAUCCCUUGGAAAGAAUUCAAGUCUGAUGACGUCAUUACAAAUGGCGGCUUAUUAAUUGAUUGGGCUAUUUUUAGUGAUGUCUAUAAACUAUCCACCGUCUGCCUCAUGACCCCUUAGGGUUACAGAAGUAACCCUGCAGUUUUUGAAAUAUUCUGUCAUUAAAAACACGCAGGGUAUUUUUUUAUUUUAAUUUUUCUUAAGAGCGAGAAUGAAACGGACGGACCAUUUUCUACUGAUCUUAGCGUCACAGCUCAAUUGUGGCGCCCCCUGUAAAUAUGUGGGAAGCGUUGGACCACUCCCCCUGUUCCAGCUGGUCAUUCCCGUCCACAGCUGGCCGACGAUGGACACGUCUCCCUUGAAAAACCUCCUUGUGGGCCGUUUAAUGCCAGAGAAAUGCUACGAGGAGCUUUUUGUCCGCUUGCAUUUGCACGCUCCCUGUCUAAAGUUUGUGUUGAACAAAAUUGUCGGAUUUUGGAUCAUACUGGACACAUUUUUGGCACAGUUCCCUCAGCUGCUGAAGCUGCUGUGGAGAGGAAGUGCAGAAGGCCUGAGUCUGACUGCCUUCCUGCUGCAGCUCUAUGCUUUAUCAUGUCCGGUUGUCUACGCUGCAGCCAACAACUUCCCAUUCUUUGCCUGGGCUGAGAGGCUCUUCACCUUGGCUCAGACGGCAACCAUCAUCUUCCUCAUCCUGCAUUAUCGCGGUGAAACCCUCAAAGGAAUGCUGCUGCUCUUGAGUUUUGGUGGCGUAAUCCUCCUCCUGGUUUCGUUUGCGGCUGCGGCCGUCGUCAGAGUGAUGUACACCUCCACUCCGGCAGCUUUCAUUUUGAGCAAGGUUGUGCAAACAGUAACAAACCACCAGAAGGGCCACACAGGGCAGCUGUCCAGCCUGUCGGCGUUGCUGUCAUGUGCAGGUGCUCUUGGUGCUGCCGUUGUUUUUGCACAGGAGAGCGGAGGAUCUUUAACUACUUUGUGUCACAUACUGUCCACAUGUCUCAGCUUUGUCCUAAUGUCUCAGAUCGCUUGCUACAAGAGGAGCGCUGGCUCUGCAGCCAAGAAGAUGGAUUAACUUCAGAGGCAGCAAGCGUUUCUAUGACUAAGAUGUUGAUGUAUGAAUAAUUUUAAUAUGUAGUUGUUGUACAACACUGUGUGGAGGAUAUGUCCUCUCUGUUUAUUCUUAUUAGAAUUUUUGUGAAGUUUUUAAUACCUUGUGUUUAUAGGUUUGCUACGACUGUUAGCAGAAUAAAACAUCACGUGGCGCCCUCUAGUGGCACAUGACUGGCAGCAUUCUCAGAUUUCAGUCCAAAUGAGGAUCUGUUAAUGUCUUCUUUUUAUUUAAUGCCAGUCAGUUCUUAUUUACCUUCAGAAUAUCCUCCAUUUGUAUGUUUGGUUUUUGAAAGGAGCUGGAAGUCAUCUGGAUAACACCUUAGAUAUUAAUAUUAAUGAGCUAAGGGAGGAAAAUACAAAUUAAGAUGAAAGAGCGCAAGGCAGAUAAAGGGAGCAGAGGAUUCCUGGCAGACAAAAUGUUUUUAGACUUGCUUGGAUACAGCGCUGUGUGAAAAGACAGUUUUAUUAGCAAUUAGCUUUUGAGGGUUUGACUGAGGGACAUUUUUAAUCACCAAAUGAACCUCUGUAGGCAACACACCCAAGGUAAGAUGCUGUUUUCUGCAGCUGCUCCUUUCUUAUUGUUGGUAUAAAACUGUUGUUUUGUUGUCAGAAUCCACACAGAACCAACUCUGAGGCUCUCUUGGACCUUUAAUCUGACCUGUUUAUGAGUUUUUAAUCUUUUGUCUUUGGUAUUGAAUAAACCUGAAUGAGUGAUUUUCAUCUAA